GCGACUUCCUUUUGUGGAGGGCGCGCCCCUAGGACCGUUUGCACAGGCUUCGUGUUUUCCGCCGGACCGAGGAGCGGCCGUGGAUGCGAAGGCGGGCGGUUGCUAGGGAAGAGCAGUGUGAAGGUUUGCUCCAGUGAUAAUAUGGCCGUACCACAGCAGGCUGGAAUAUCUGGCCUAGAUGCACAGCAGACUCUCUUGGCCACUGUCAGUGGAAAUGUACAAAAAUAUGCAGUCAAGAAGAAGAAAGUCCUCAACGCAGAAGAGCUGGAGCUGUAUGAGCUUACCCAGGCAGCUGGUGUUGCUAUGGACCAAGAAGUGUUUAAAAUAAUUGUGGAUCUGUUGAAGAUGAAUGUAGCUCCAUUGGCAGUUUUCCAGAUGCUGAAAGCUAUGUGUGCAGGACACAAAAUUGCAGAGGUAUCCUCAACUGAAACACCAUCCACAACAACACAGAGCAGUUUGGCAGACUCCAGAGUGAGAAAUAAAUCCAACACUGCCAUCAGUGGCUCACAGACACAGACAGAGCGAAGCACCACCCGCGAAGGAUGCAGCCAGCGUAUGCCGCGCCAGCCGAGUGCUACAAGAGUCCCCAAGGGCAACAGUACUGGGAAAACUACUGCAAGUGGCAGCAGUGCACACACAACAUCUAGCCAGUAGACUGAUAGAUGUCUAGUACCUUACAAAUAUGCCUGUGUCAUUGGGUAGAGGUAAUUUAAAGCAGGGGUACUGUCCUUGUAUAUUGUUUUGCUUCUUGUAAGUAUAUAGAGCGCAUGACAUUCUAUUUAUUUUGAGUUUUUAAAUAGCUUGUGUAAAGUCCAUCCUGCAGAUCUGGACCCAGAAAUAAAGGGUGAUGCAUAAUCUGCAAAGAGUGAGAUAGAAUUUGAAUAGUCAGUUUUGAUAUGUGUGACGUCCCUGAUGUUUUGAAACUUGUAAGUUAAAACCAUCUUGUAUUCACUUAUUUUAAAACAAUACCAAUGUUGAAAUUGUAAACCUCAAUGACAAUAAAAAUUAAAGAUGUGCAUUUAAAAUUUAGUGAUAAAAUCAAUAAAAGAGCAAUGUCCAUUUUUUUUAAGAAAACAUAGAC